AUGUACAAAUGGGCAAGCAAAGGAGUGACGCUCGUCAUGCCUCCUAACCUCAAGGAAAGGACCAAGGGUCGAAGCAGGUUAAGCGGUGUCUACGCUCAGGUUUCACAGCAGCCGGAUCUCCCUCUCGACAAAGAAAACUUGCCGCAGGGAAUCCCGACCUUCCAUAAUCAAGGUGAACCAGACAAAACCCUGUUCGGCAACCCUCCCCCGGCAGAGAACAAUAAGGUUGCCUCGCCCAAAGAAGUUGCAGAGGUUCUACGCGACAUUACCGACCAGUCAGGUACAGUCCCUGUCACUGAUUUUAGCUGUCACUUAUUCUCUGCACAAAUUGGCAGAAGAACAUGAGGAUCUGCUUGGUGAACUAUAAUGGUGAUUCAGAUGAUGCUGGUGUAUGUGGGAAAGACGGCUCUGGUUUCUCUGUGGAAACGAGGAAACCUGGAUUGAAGAAUCUUCGUCCUCUGAUCGAUGAUGACGUCGACAAGGAAGGUGAACUUACAGCCCAUCAUCAGGAUGACUUACUCUUUUUUAGCCUCUUGUACCCCAUUUUUAUCUUUUCUCUUUCAGGAAACGAAGAUACGUCCAGGCAUGCAAAAGAGAGAGAGGGUAUGGCGACUGACGUCAGGAGGGCGACCAAAGGCACUGACAGCACUGCAAAACCCAAGCAAGGAACAAGAGAAGAUCCGGCCUCGGAUAGUUAUGAGAAGACCAACCUGGCCUCACAUCGUCCAGUCAGAACCAAAGGCAAGGUCAAAGAAUCCGUGAAGAACUUUGAAGCCAGGAGGCUUGGCCUUAGAGAAAAUAUGAAGGGAAGGGUAGAAGAUCGUCCAAGUGCACAGGAGGUCAAGGAAGAUGAAGAUAAAGGCAACUACGAAGCAUCAUCCGUCCCUGUUGCUCCAGUAUGUGUAGCUACAUAAUCUUAGAAUUAAAAAUAAAGAGUAUUUCCACUGUUCCCAACAAAGAGGUAUCAAUUCAAAAUUUAGACAAGUAAAAAUUUAGUUUCUGAUCUAAUAAUUGAUCUUGUUUAUGCAGACUGGUCAGAAUUUGAAGGCAGAACGAGCGGACUCCUUUAAAAAUUUAGGCGAGCAAAAGCUGGAUGGCUUUUUCUCAGAGAUGGACAGCACCUCGGUUACAUUCUCUGGUCAGUUCUAUGUGCUGAUCAUUUCUGAAAUCGGAGUGUUUUAGUCUCUAAUAUCUGCAAUACAAGCACUACUGUUUGAAUACCAAAGUUCUUGUUUCCCUGGUCUCCCAUUAAAAAACGAGGUAAUUUAUUUUACCAUUAUAUUUGAAGUUCAUUUAGAGGUCACCAGUCAUAAAAAGCGUGGUAAUGUUUUAUGGUACAUUAAAACUUUCCCACGAGUCGUUUAUCUUGUGUACGUAGAUGUGCCUCUGCUGAAAAUAUUUUGUCAUGAAUCCCCGUCGCCUCUUCCUUCUUUGAUGGAGAUCAAAUGUUUCAAAUGUUUCAAAUGUUUUCAAUAAAAAUUAUAAAAUAUGAAAACAUUCGCGAAUUGGAAUAUUAAUUCUUGUUUAUAGAUAUGAAAUUAUAUGACUAAAGUGGGAAUGCAAGGUCUUUUUCUUUGGUGGGAACUGAAUAUUUCAGAUAGUUUUGAUAGAAAUUAGAAAAUAUAAAAAAAUCCCACCUGGUUUUAAAUAUUUUCGUACAGAGAAAUUUAUUCCGCUAAUGUGUCAAUUAUGUUUUCUUAACAUAGAUAGAUGGGAGUAUUAAGCUCAAUUUGUAAGUUGCAUAUUCAUGCCAGUAACCAUUGGGACAUUCCUUUCUUCCCACUAAACUAAGAUCUUUAUAGCUUUGAUUCUUCGUAAUGAGGAACCGAGGAUGUUCCUCAUCCAUUAAACACUUGCUUACCCUAGGCUCUCACGCAUUUCAUAUAACAUGGCUACUGAUGCUUUGUUUUUUGCCUUCAGACACCACCAUAAAUAGCCUGGACGCCUUCUUCUGCAAAAUAGAGGUUACAGAUUUUGAGCAUGUUGAAGAUUGCUUGGUAUGCCAUCCUUCUUUCUCUUCAACUUUAUAAUAAUGUGUGUGCCUUCUUAUUUUUGUGCCUUAUCUUCCACGAGGCUGGAGUACCCAUAUUUUUACUCUCAGAAAAGGCCCAAUAAUAAUACAUUACAGUUCUUACCUAUGGAAAAUCAUUAAUUUACAUUAAAAAUAUUACACAUUUUCUCAUGUUUCUUGAUUUUCAUGCGGCUCGGGGGUGUUUUUCAAUUUUUUAAUGUUUAAUUAUAGCUCUGUUCCUCGAGAUUUCUCACCGUUGACCAAGUCGGUGAUAUACAGACAAGCAUACUCCUCCCUGGGUUUAUUUAUGGGUCAAAGUUGAUACACUCCAUUUUACAGCAUCCCUUUUAUGGCCCCCCACCUUGAGAAGCCAGUCAGUGCCUUUCUCAGAAUAACCUUUACCUACUCUUGCGUUUGUACAAUUGUCUAUGUCCAGUUUAGGAGAUCUGACAGAGCAUUCAUGCUCCAUUGACCAGAGUCUGAAGUGUUUCCAUAUGGUGUUGUCUCCUGUCACCCAGUGCCCAAGCCCCAAGGGUGGUCUAUGUUGGAAUCAUAUUAACAUACGCAAUUCAAUUUCCUAUGGUAUAAUGAAACGAGAAUCAUACAUUUUUCUGACUGAUUACUGUUAAUGUGGACUGUUGAAACGUCCCACUAAAAUUAAUUUAAAAUGAGUUAACAACAUAUAUUCAGUAUGUUGUCAACUCAUAUUUCGAUUAAUUAUUGAUGGUGUGGACCAUUGUGCUGUCGAACUCAGAAUUAAACGGCAACAAGUGGGGGGUAGGUCAACUUUUAGUAUCAUAGAUUUAUUUUUUUCCCAAACAUAGAAUGUGUAUAUAAUUAGAAAAUAAGUGGGGUAGGCCAAUUUUUACUAUCAUAGAUUUUUUUCCCAAACAUAGAAUGUGUAUAUACUUUGAAAAUAAGUGGAGUAGGCCAAUUUUUUACCAUUAUUAAUUUUUUUUUCCCAAACAUAGAAUGUGUAUAUAAUUAGAAAAUCAUUCUAAUCAUGAAAUACUUUUCACGCUUACUAUUUUUUUCUCCAGUUUGAAGAUUUAUCACAAGAGCAUAACGAAGCUACAGAGGCCGACUUACAUCAGGAAGAAAUAAAAGUAAGAUUUAGAUCUCAUCAAGAAACAGUGGACCUAUUUCUGCCGUGGAUUUUGACUAAUCAAGGGUUGGUCCAUUCCUUUACUUCAGAAAUCGGAUGCUAAAAUACUGGAGUGGUCAAAAGGCAGAGAGGGGAACAUUCGAUCGCUGCUUUCUACACUGCAAUAUGUGAGUACAAUGCAUGUGGUCAACACCGUGUUUCUGCUGCAUUACUCAUGUGUUAAGGUUUUGGAUAGCUAUAUGUAGUAAGUCAUGAUUUAAAAACCCAUGAAUCUGGCUUUCCCUAUAAACUAUAUCUGAUCUCCAUUACAAGAAAAUUAUCAGAGAUGCUUUUGAUGUUCAUCGAUCAUGAAAUAGUACAUCGACAAGGAUUCAUAUAUUGUCUAAGAUCAUCCGACUCCUGUUUUCUGCAUCUUAUGUUGAAUUCACAGCGGAUAUUUAAUUUUUCCAUAGAAUAAUCAGGAUUUUUCCCUGAGAAAGUCAACCCAUGGUCACCAGAAAUAGUACAGAAUCGUGAUUUUUAUCUGGGCAAUAAUGGUCUCAAUUUUGUCCUUCAAAAUCAUACCGGAGUUUCUCUCUCUUCUCUCAAGGUUCUGUGGCCUGGGAGCGGGUGGAAACCAGUCCCACUGGUGGACAUCAUCGAGGCGCCUUCGGUCAGGAGGGCAUACCAGAGAGCCUUGCUGUACAUUCACCCAGAUAAGCUGCAGCAGAAGGGCGCUGACAUUCAUCGCAAGUAUGUUGCCGAGAAGGUCUUCGAUAUCUUGCAGGUACAUCUCUAUUCUUUCCCUCCAAAGCAAAGUAGCGGCCUUCUUCUGUGUUUUAUGACUCUCUCUCUCUCUCUCUCUCUCUCUCUCUCUCUCUCUCUCUCGCUCUCUCGCUCUAUCAAAUUUUAGAAGUCAAUGCAGGCCGGAAUGACCAACCAUUCUCUUUAAUCUCCAGGAUCUCUCUCUCUAUCUCUCUCUCUCUCUAUAUAUAUAUCUAUCUAUCUACCGGUUAGGAUAGCCUCCAUAUCAAAUUUUAGAAGUCAAUGCGGGCCGGAAUGACCAACCAUUCUCUUAAAUCUCCAGGAUAGCUCUGAUCUCUCUCUCUCUCUCUCUCUCUCUCUCUCUCUCUCUCGCUAUAUAUAUAUAUAUAUGUAUCUAUCUAUCUACCGAUUAGGAUAGCCUCCAUAUCAAAUUUUAGAAGUCAAUGCCGGCCGGAAUGACCAAUCCUUCUCUCAAAUCUCCAGAAUUUACACUCUUUCUGCUUCAUCUUUAUAGUUUUGCUCUGUUUUCUCUCUUUCUCUCUCUCUAGAUAUGUAUAUGGGUAGGCCCCACAUCAAAUGUGAGGAGUCAAACGGGUGGUCAAAAGUAGCAAUCUUGUGAUGGGUUCCGUGCACGGAAUUCUUUCUAUUUUUCUUUUUAUUUCCCUUGCAUAAGCGUGAGAGCAUCAUCCCUCUCGCGCAAAUAAUCAAGAUCUCAACCCCUUUCGUGGCUCCCCCCUCACAGGAAGCGUGGGACCACUUCAACUCCCUGGGCGCCCUCUGAGAUCGCGCCACGUCGCCCCAUCCGACUCCCAUCGAACGGCAGGUACAAUAAGAUCCUAGCUCCUAAAAUCUUCUUUAUCAUUCAUUUCGAAAAGGCCUAAUAACGCUCAUUUUCUUCAAUUAUCCCCCCUGUAAAUAUGUAAUAUUAUCGUAUAUUAUCUGCCCAGAUUGUGGAGGAUGUGAUGGGAGGACCCCUAAUCGUCUUGCUUUUAUCUGUGAUCGGAUGAUCUGGGCUCUUAGAUUUUUCCUCGAUUCGGUCCCCCUUGAAUCCUGAUCCGUUGACAUCCCUUUUGACCCCGGUUGGAGUAGUUGACCACAACUCCAGUCAACUCCUGGGGAGUCUUAAUGGGCUGGUAGAGUUUAGGAUGGUCUGCACUUUCCCGUGGCCCAGAGAAAAGCCCGGAAAAUAGGUCCUGUGAAUCUCCAGAGAGAGAGAGGGAGAGAGAGGAAGCAGGGGUAUGUGGGAGUAGAAAGUUUCGGGCUUUAGAGAUGAAUAAUAUUGAAGAGAGGGUGGAUAAUUUGGAACGUUUGUUAUUAAUAAUUUUGAUGUGAAGUAGCUCAGACCAGCUGA